AUGUCAACCUCGCCAGCGCCAAAGUCGCGCCGCCCUUCAAUCACAGCCCUCUUUGCAAACUCGUUCUCAUCUGCCUCGUCGGCCUCGCCAUCACACACCCCCAGCACCACGCCACCAUGUGAUGUCUCGCCACUCUCCAUCUCUCCCCUGAACCCGGCCUCACCACCCUCGCGCAAGAUGCAUCGCUCUUACUCUCAGUCCCACGUACGCACAGCUUCAUACUUGAUGAGCAGCCCUGCCAAUCUCCCGACCCUCGGACAGGGCGCAACCGUCGUCCGCACACCAUCCGACGCGACCAUGUUCAUGGCUCAGCCUGGAGCGCAGGCUCCGUGGCCCAUGGCCCGUCAAGCCAGCCUUCGCGCACGACCCCGCCGCCCGUCGGAGGGUGGUCCGCUCCCCGGGGGGUUUGCUCCACCCAUCACAAGUGACCCGGCCCCAGUCCUUCCACCCCUACAAGUCACGUCGCUAAGCAGCGACCUCCGUGACACCUUUACGGUAACGGAACACGUCCAGUGCAACGGCCGCCAGCCUAUCGGGUCGCUGACCCGUUCCCCAUCCGCCCCGCACCAGUCGCGCGCUGCCGUCGACACUUCGACUGGCUACACCCCCGGCCGCAGAGCCACCCACCGACCCUCAAACGGAGGUUUGCAUGCCUCUGCGUCACUCUCUCGUAUUCCAGGCCGCGGUCCGAGUCCCAACCACAUUACCACUCCCACGGCGAUGCUCCUCGAGCGCUCCAGCUCUGCGAGAUCGACCAAGGCCACUGCGUCAUGCCCAUCGCCUCGCACCUCUCCCAUGGCCGCCGAGUCUCGCCCCUGCCCCACGCUCUGCCGUGAACCGUCGUGCACGCGCCUCAACACGUCAACCCACAUCCACCACCACCGCCCCUCCAAUGCCUCCGAGGACACACUGACCACGCCCCGCGCGCGCACCAUCACGCCGCCGUCUCCGGGUUUGAUGACGCCGCCCGCCGAGUCGCCGCCGCCCAUCCUUGUCUCCCACUCCGUCCGCCAGACCAACGAGGCCGGCUCAGUCGUGCUGGUCACGCUGCGCUUUGGUUUUAGCCUCGAUGCCGAGCCCAAUACCCACUCGGUGACGAUCACCCUUGACACGCUGCGGCCUGCGGGUGGCCGUCUCCUCGAGUUCCUCGACAAGGUCCUUCAUCCCACUCCCUCGCAGUCGCCGCCGGUGCAUCUCAUCAGCCGUGACAGCGGCAUCGGAGAGAGCGGUACGGGCACGCCGCUCGUCACUGACAGCUCGCCCGAGCCCAGUCUUGAGAUGACGGACGGCAGCAGUGCCGAAGACAGCGACUUUGAGUACGACAACAUGCGCCUUCACCCGAAUCUCAUGGACGAAUGCGUCGUCGCUCAGACUCUUGCUGCUGUACCCAAGAUGCCCGCUGAUGCCCCCCCACGCCCAGCAAGGCGGCAGUACCCUCCCACCUCGUACCCGUAUCCUGCUCUCCCUCCUCUUGCCGACCUCCCCGCCGCUCUCGCACAAGCCAAGGCCGCGGUCGAGGCCAAUGCCGCUGCGGAGAAACAUCUCACCGGCCGCCGCCGCGCAUCCACGUGCCCUAGUUUGACCAUGGGUGUCGUGCAAGAGGUCACGAUCCUUCUCCAGCGCGAAGCGGGGGCGUGGCACGCCAUUGCGAGCCGCCUCUGCUCGGGGUCGUGGCCCAGUCUUGAUGGCCGUCGCCGCCGCGUUGAAACCGAGUGCAAGUGGGCGGGUAUGGAUAAUCUCGUUGCAGAGCUUCGCGCCCCGGCGGCUGGCCUCCGCCCAGCGACGUCUGGCCGCUCCUACAUCUAA